AUGCCUUCCGCCGACGCUCAGAAGGGUCAGCUCCAGAAUGUCUUGGAGAACAAGGGCAUCAAGUUCCAGAUCAAGUCCGGCACCGCCAAGUAUGAGUGCCACCUCCUGGACCGCUCUACCCAUGAACGCAUGAAGGCUACCAGAACCAACUCGACAGACACUCAGAGCAGCACGUCGUCUGCUUCCACUGUCAGCAGCUCCCACUAA